AAGCCCAAACCAAACGUUUACUUAAUUCUCAUAGUUCAAACUCCGUCACGAUUAGGGUUUAGAUUUUAUACUGCGGCUACACCAUACUCUCCUCCCCAACCUCCUCCAAAUCUCAAAUCAGUGUUCCUAAUUCUCGAUCACCAUGGGGAAGACAAGAGGAAUGGGAGCUGCCCGCAAGCUGAGGAAACUCCGUGUUAAGCAAAGAUGGGCAGACAAGCAAUAUAAAAAAUCUCAUCUUGGGAAUGAAUGGAAGAAGCCUUUUGCCGGUUCAUCCCAUGCCAAGGGAAUUGUCCUUGAAAAGAUAGGUAUUGAGGCUAAGCAGCCUAACUCUGCCAUUAGAAAGUGUGCCAGAGUUCAACUCAUCAAAAAUGGGAAGAAGAUAGCUGCGUUUGUGCCAAACGACGGUUGCUUAAAUUACAUUGAAGAAAAUGAUGAAGUUUUGAUAGCUGGAUUUGGACGUAAAGGUCAUGCCGUUGGUGAUAUUCCUGGAGUUAGAUUCAAGGUGGUGAAGGUUUCCGGUGUCUCUCUCCUUGCUCUUUUCAAGGAGAAGAAGGAAAAGCCUAGGUCUUAAAGUUGUGGGAUAGAUUUCCUCUCUUUUUUAGUUAUUUCUACUACAAAAAAUGAAAUUAGAUGAAUUCUAUCAACAAUUUUGUAUCCUUAAUAGUAAUCUUUUUGAAUUAGAGUUAUUCAAAUGAUAAUAUAUUUUAUAUUUUCUCUCUUUUCA